AUGAGCUCACAGGGUAAAGGGCCCAAUCACGUCAUCCUCUACGUCAGAGCCGGCUGGGACGGGGAGGGUUACGGAGCUUGCCCUUUCUCACAGAGGUUCUAUAUGGUACUCGACUUGAAAGCAAAAGGUGCGGCCCUGACCUAUGACAUUAUAACGGUGAACACCGCCAGGCCUCCCCCGGAGUUUCGGAAGUUCGCCAACACUCUACCUGUUCUUAAACAUGGCGAUGAGGUUAUCAUGGACACUGAAGAGAUUCAAAAGUACCUGGACACACACUUUCCACAGCCAGACCUUCGCUACACUAAUAAAAAUGCCCACACUGCCUGCGUGGAUGUCUUCUCCAAGUUUUCCUUCUUCAUCAAAAACGUGUCUCACACACCGGACCUCCUCCUCAAAGAGCUGUCGAUGCUGAACAGCUACCUCAGCAGCUCUGACCACAAGUUCCUGUGUGGAGAUGAACUGACCUCACUAGACUGCAAUGUCCUACCUAAACUGCAGCACAUCCGGGUCGCCUCUAAAGCUUUCAAGGACUUUGACAUACCGUCUUCGUUUACAGCACUGUGGCGUUACCUUGGCAACGCUUACAACAAUGAUACUUUCAGAAAAACCUGCCCAUCUGACCAGGAAAUUGUCCACCAUUGGAGCGAGAAGAAGGAGACAACUCCUUUACCAGAAGCCAAACAGAAAUUUUACACAGUGGAAGCGUCGCCCAGAUUUAGCCUGACUGUACCGACUGAAAUCAAUGGACACUAA